AGUUUCCAACUCGGCCGUUGCACAUCCUCGGUGUUCUGUUACUUCCGGAAAAUGUCUGGUUCACUCACUGGCAAAAAACCCACACACAUCUUUCUCCUUACCACAGCUCCUGAAUACCUGUGUUCAACAAUCCUUCCUCCGCCUCCUGGCCCUGAAGAAGAUGACGAGGAGUCUGCCGAUGUACGUCGCAAGCAUUCUUCCUCUCUCUCCUCCCUUUUUUCCCCGAUCAAGUCUCCCGAGCAGCCCGAGUCUUCUUCCGAGAAACAGGAGGACACGCAAAUGCCUGGUACUGACACUACGUCAAGAUCCAAGCUGGCAUCAGCACCUCCGCUGAUCGACUUGUACAGCCAAACUAUCCUCCCACGCCCACAGUCAACUGUGAGAUUUCCUAUUCCUUCAGCCCCCGUGUAUGAUCCCCGGUAUUCCCACAUCUUCCCAAUGCAUCGAUCCAGCUGGUUCGGAGCACCUACCUCACCACAAAUAUUCCGACCACCUUCCGUGAUUCCGCAUUCCGGACCCGAGGACGAUCCGUUCGACUUAUUCCAACCCUGUUCCCCAAAGCCUAGUCCCAAUCCGUUUAUCCAUCAUCAGAGUGUUGAAACGCUUCCCGAUCCACCUGCAGACCCAUUCGAUUGGGAUGCGUUGAAAAGAUCCGUGCCAUCCAACCACACCAAUGUAAAUGAACUCGGUAGUCGAUCCAGUACCCCGGUUGCGAUGACCCAAUCCACGCCGGAUGUUGGUCGAUCUAGACAUGUCGUUUUGGAGCGCCAGUUACUCGUUGGGUCAGGUGUCCCUUCAAACCCAUUUUCUUCUGACUUCUUGGAUCCUAAAACGGACUCCUGUGUGCCGUUGACACACAAGACCUCCCCUGACGUAGUUCGCCCUCGGCCGGUUUCGCACAAGUCGCGACAACAUAUUUUUCUAUCGAGCUUGGUCUACCAAGAUGACAACAGACGAUCGGGUGGACAAGACCGCAACUUAACCAGAACGAACUACGGAGGAAGAAAGUCCACCUCUGAAAUACCCACUAAUCCAGGUCAGCCUGAAACCCUCAGGGCGGCACAUUAG